GCGAUAACUCCUUGUGUGAUCCUGCGUCUCAGUCAAGGGCACACACUUGUGGGCGCGGCUUCAGUGACGGGAGGGCGGGGCCUGGAGGCGCGGUGCUUGGCGGGAAGGAGCGUAGUGACCGGUGUGAGAGCCGCACGUGCAGGAAGGAUGAGCAAAGCGAGUCCAUGGGGGAGUCCGAUGAGGGCCCCGGCCUGUAUGGAGACCCAGCUGGGGGCGGUGCGGUACCGAAGAGAUGGCGCCAUGCUUCUCUCAGCCUCUAGCCUGAAUUCGCGGACAUGGGGAGGUUCCAUUUGGGUUUUCAAAGAUCCCACAGAAGCCCCAAAUGAAAGCCAGUGUACAGCUGGGGUACAGACAGAGACCGGCGUAGCGGAUGUAGCCUGGGUGCUGGAGAGCGGGAUCCUUGUCGCUUCAGAUUCCGGUGCGGUGGAGCUGUGGGAGUUGCUGGACAAUGAAUCUCUCCUUGCCAAUAAAUUCACCAAAUAUGAACAUGAUGACGUUGUCACAACACUUGGCGUCUUUACUGGAGGGACACUCGCGGUGAGUGGAAGCAAGGAUUUCAGUGUGCAUAUCUGGGAUCUCCCGCAGAAAACACUACUGAAGUCUUAUAAAGCACAUUCUGGCCAAGUGAAUUGUGUGUCCACGUGCCCUGGCAAAGAGACAAUAUUUCUCUCCUGUGGUGAGGAUAAUAGAGUGCUACUGUGGGACACAAGGAACCCUAAGCCUGCUAAGUGCAUUAAUGUCUGUGCUCCAAAUGUCUCCCCUACAUAUGUGACCUGGCACCCUAACAAAGAUGACGUUUUUGCUUGUGGUGAUGAAAUAGGAAAUGUAUACUUUGUAAAUUUAAACAAUCUAGAAUCUACUCGGGCAGUAGCAGCACAUUCCAGAUCUGUAACAGGGCUGGCAUACUCCAGCCACAGUUCUCCAUUCUUGGCAUCAAUCAGUGAAGAUUGUUCUGUUGUGGUCCUGGACUCUGAGUCUAAUGAAAUUUUCAAAGAUCAGUCCCACAAAGACUUUGUAACAGGAGUGGCUUGGUCUCCUACUGAUAUCUCAAGCUUUACUACUGUCGGGUGGGACCACAAAGUUCUUCAUCACAGCCUUCCUAAGGAGGACAAGCCAGAACCUCCUGCUGCAACAAAAGAUUAGAUUUAUCAAAUGCCCUUUAUUGUACAUUAUUGGAAUCCCUGUCUUGAUAAUUUAAUAGGUUGUCAGUGCUUGAGGUUACAGACCAAAACUUUUUUGUACUGAUACCUGGUCCUCAUGGCAACACUUUUCUGAUUGUGUUGUCAGGAGGUCAUUCACUAUCUAUAUUAGUGUUUUUAUCAUGUAUUAUCUCUUUGCACAUUGAUGCAAGCAAGGAUUUGGUUAUACCCAAUGCCUCUGUAACAAUGCUGAACCAAGAGAACACAAAUCUACAAGUGUUUUUGUUCAGGAGGUUAU